AUGCCCAUCUUGUAUGCCGGGCCGCGGCCGGGGUCCCGCGACGACGAUGGAAGUCUCUCGACCAAGAAGGUACCUGGCAUCCUCAGUCCAGCGUCGCUCCGAGAUCUCUUGCCGCGGAACGCUACGCACAUGCUCCGCAAGCGGCCGCGGCGUGAGGUGCCCGCCCUGCCACCGCCGCUGCCCAAUGCAGCCAGCGCCAUCCGCGCCGACGACUCGGCGGCGUGGCAAAAGCAGGCGUGGCCAGGCAAUGCCCAUUAUCGCGCUCGCCUGCGGUCCGACGCCAAGCUCCGCAUCACGCGUGGUGCCCUCGACACCACGGUCCAGGACCACGUCCGCUGGAUUAAGAACAACGUGCCUGUCCGGUCGUUGCCCAAGCUCAAGAUCUCCAACCACACCAAGAUCACGUCGCUCACCGACGUCUUUGAGCGUCUGCUGCGCCAUCGCAUGCAGGCUGCCUUUGACCACUGGCAGAACGGCGUUGCGACGGAGAAGCAAGCCGAGGCGGUCGCUGCGUUUACAAAAAGCCGCGCGCUAGGAUCCCUCCAAGGCAUCUGGGAGCGCUGCUGGCUCGCCAAUCGCAACCGCGCAUUUGCUUGCAUGGUCGACGACUGGGUGUGCGCCCGCGCUGAAGAGCGCGACGCCGCGGCCGCAGAGAUCCAGCGGCACUGGCGCCGGCACCGCCACCGGCACACUCUCCACCAUUCGCGUCGGGACCAAUCGGUGCGCUGCAUACAAGCCCAUGCCCGGCGCCGCUUGUUUCAAACGCGCUUUGCUCGCUUUCUAACGACGGCCCGUCGGCACCGCGCGGCAGUACGGAUCCAAGUCGCAUAUGCGAGCCAUCGCGUUUAUCGAGCGUACAUGACAUGCUCGCAGCGGCUCGCGCAAGAGGCAGCGGCCGUGCGACUGCAGCGCUGGCUGCGCACCUCCGUGUACCGCAAGCAGUGGCUCUUUCGACGGGCUGCGACGCUGCGCUUGCACGAUGCGGCCUCGGUCCUCCAGCGCGCGCUUCGAGCCCACCUCGCGCGGACGUUUCUGUACCGCGCGCGAUGCUAUAAGGUCGCCACGCGCAUCCAGCGCGCGUGGCGCGUCUAUAUUGCGUACUGGUCGCGUCGGCGCACCCAGCUGCAGGACCACCUCCAAGCUGCCUUUACGCUCGGGACACGGCACCUCGCGGCGAUUCUUCUACAAGCACGCGUCCGUCAAUGGAUUGCCACGCGGUGUGUCGCGAUGCGGCGGUGCCACGUGGCAGCAGUGCUCGUGCUGCAAUGUGCGUGGCGCCAGUGCGUGGCGCGCCACGUGCGAACACAGCGCCUGCAGGAGCUGCGCUUUACCCAAUGGAUGGCGGCAACGACCGUGCAGCACUGUUAUCGACGCUACCGCGACCGUGUCCUCUUUCGCCACGUACUUGCCACGUCCUGCGUACCCUUGUACUUGCGGGCGGCUCGGCUCGCGUCUCCGGUGCAACAGCGCCUCCUCUAUAGUCGCUACAAGACUUUUAUCGAAUCGAGCGCGUCGUCGUCGAUUGCGUAUGCGUGGAAGAAGCAUUGCCGGUACGAGGCGAUGAUGCGUGCUCGGCGCGCGUGGGCGUCGAGCGUCUUGCAGCGGGUGUGGCGAAGCACGUGCACGGUUCGCUGCUUCAAGCGGCAUCUCCGGCACUGCCAUCGAAGCGCCCAUCGCAUCCAGCGCAUGGUCCGGUCCCGACUCGCGAGGAACCACGCGCGGCUCUAUAUCGCGCGCAUGCAAAAGGUGGCCUUUGACGCACUCGUUGCACGUCAGAAUCAAGCCGCGCUGCGGAUUCAAGCCGCGUGGCACCAACACCAAGGCCACCUCGCGCGCUUUCUCCGCAAGCAAGCCGAGCUCGUCGAGCAUGCGCGCCGCCACGACGCUGCCAUUGCGAUACAGGCUUUUGUGCGCAGUCGACGGGCUCGGCACGCAUCCAAAGUACGUCUUGCCCAAGGCGUCGCCACGAUCGCGCUCCUUGUUCACGCGCGCCACGAUGCAGCGACCACGCUGCAGCGAUUUGUACGGACGCGGAAAGCCACCAAGCUUGGGCGGGUCCUGAUGACGAAGCUUCGCCUGCAGCGCCACGCGGAGGCACAGCGACACAAGCGUCAGGCUAUCAUUUCGGCCUUUAUAAGCGAGAGCUCGGUCGCGCGCGCUGAAGAGGCAGUGCGCAUGGCUGCGGUGCGCGCCAACCACGACAAGGUCGAGGCCGCCAAAGCGCGGGCGGCCGCCGAAGCCGCCGAAGCCAAGCGACUGCGCAUCGAAGCCAGCAAAGCCAAGGCGCGCCCGCCGCCGCGCGAGUACAAGGCGAAAAAGAAGACGAAAGCCCAAACGCCACCAGACGCAGCAACCACCGCCGCGUGGGUGCCGGCUUACGACGCGGCGUCCGGCCAAAACUACUACUACAACACCGUCACGGGCGAGUCCAAGUGGUCGCUCGAUGCAACGACGUAGGACUGCGAUGCGUCGAGAGUGGAAAACGAAAUCUUAGUGUAGUGUACCGUCGACGACAGCACGAGCAUAGUACGGGGUCAUAGUGAGAAAAAAAUAGAAGGAAAG